CGGAAACGAUAGAUAAUCCCGGGCCAGUGCUGCAGAAAGGGGUUCGUGGUGCAAAAGCACAACGUACUUCAGAAGCUGUCGACAUCAAACGCGACUGGCCUGAAUACUUCGAUUCGGUGAAGGCGUCCUUGUAUAUCUUUAAUCAUUCGUUAAUCCUGUUCUUUCUCAGCUCUUCAAAGUCUAUAAGGUUUGUAAACCGUCGUAUUGAACGUCAUUUCCCCCUGAAUCACUUAGCACAAUGUUUAAGGCUCUCAAUACAGUGUUGGCAUUUUGUUCGUCCAGGAAAAACCUCGCGGUGACGUUCCCAGCGAUCAAAACAUCAGUAGAGAAUAUUUUGAAUAAGCCGCUGGAAAUGCAUCAGGUUGCCGAGAUAAAGCCAGUCAAUCUUCAGCUUGUGUCUUUAGCCCUUCUCCCAGAUCUAGUCCAAUUUGCAUACAUACCGGCAGACGAUCAUCGUAUCAACGAGUCAGACUCGACUUCCAGACAUCACCAGGGAUCAUCCUCCGAUAUUUAUGGUCCUAAAGGCGAGGAAGAAGACCACGUCUUGGUCAUGGAAUUUGUUGAAAAUGUUAAAAAUAAUCGAGCCAAAAAGAACUCUGUUGGUCUUACGGCGCCACCAUCCCUGUCUCCUCUGGCCGUAAAAAAUCUAAUCGAGAAGAGGAAUUCCAGGUUUUCUACGUCAGUCAAUGAAUUGAUACUCGCCUGCCAAGCCAGCGGAGAGGACCCAGUUGCCCUCCUUCGAAAUGCCGGUGCUGAACACAUUCCCGUGAAUCCUUCAGCAUCUAGCCCAGCAGUCUCAACGUCCAUUGCCCUUGCUCGACUCGAUGUCCCAGAACGGGUGCCAACACCUUCUUCCCGUCCAUCCAUUGUAUCCCUUAUCGAGGAGAUACAACAGUCCGAUUCGUACAGAGGACAAAUUUGCUACCGCCAGAUAUUUGAAGAGCGGGCAGCACAAAAUAAAACCCUUAGCAAACCGUUGUCUCAGGAUCUCGCUCAAGCACUGAGGGAAUUGAGGGGUGUCAAUGGCUUUUAUGCUCACCAGGCUGAUGCUAUUAACGCCUUUUGGGCCGGAAGGCAUGUGGUUGUGUCGACGAGCACUGCGUCAGGAAAGAGUCUCAUUUAUCAAGUUCCCAUUUUGACAGCGCUCGAAAACGACAAUGAGGCGACUGCGAUAUUUAUCUAUCCAACUAAAGCUCUUGCCCAGGACCAAAAAAAUUCUCUCCAGCAGCUUCUUGCGAGGUGUGAGAGCAUCCAGCAGCUGCGCAUCGAAACCUAUGAUGGAGACACACCCCAAGAUAAGAGACGAGACAUUCGCGAGAACGCCGCGAUCAUCUUCACCAAUUUCGAUACGCUCAGUGCAAGCAUACUGCCGAACGAAGAUCGAUGGAGACGAUUUUUGAAGAGCAUGAAGUUGGUCGCUGUAGAUGAACUCCACUAUUAUCAUGGAUUAAUGGGAAGCCAUGUUGCACUAGUAAUGCGUCGCUUGCGACGAGUAUGUGCCGCGGUUGGAAAUCGCCGUGUGCAAUUCGUGUCGUGCACAGCUACCAUCUCUAAUCCAAAGGAGCAUAUGCAAAAUAUUUUUGGUGUUGAUAAUGUUGAGGUCCUGACGAACGAUGGUGCACCUGCUGGGAGAAAGGACUUCCUUAUUUGGGAGCCGCCACUAGUAGACGAUCAGGUGCCAGAGCUAGGGAGGGUGAAAUCCAUGGCGGAGGGCUCUGCAGUGACGGUCUUCCUUAUGAAGAGAGGAGUCAGAACAAUCGUAUUCUGCAAGACUCGGCGAUCGUGCGAACUGUUCCUGAAAAGCGUUCGCGCCAAUCUGCUCGCGGAAGGUCGAACGGACAUCUCCAACAAAAUAAGAGCAUAUCGAGGGGGUUAUUCAAAGGAAGACCGGAGGCGGAUUGAGCAAGAAGCAUUUUCGGGAGAGUUGUUGGGUAUAGUGGCCACGAAUGCCCUCGAGUUGGGCGUUGAUAUUGGUUCGCUUGAUGCCGUUGUUACCUUGGGAUUCCCCUUUAAUGUGGCGAGUUUCAGGCAACAAUCAGGGAGAGCGGGGCGUCGCUCCAGGGACUCCAUUUCAAUCCUUAUAUCAGACUCCUUAGCAAUUGACAAGCACUUCAUUGAAAAUCCAGAAGAAAUAUUUGACCACCCGAUGGAAGACCUUGUCAUCGACACCGAGAAUACAGUUAUCUUGGAGAGCCAUGUUCAAUGCGCGGCUCACGAAAUGCCUAUUGAUCCCGGAAGAGACGAGAUAUAUUUUGGGCAUAAUCUGAAAGCUUUAUGUGCAGACAGGCUGGAGAAGGAUUCUGAUGGCUGGUAUCACACACAUCCGAAGUUCUUACCCCACCCUGCAAAGUAUGUCGCCUUAAGAGGUGCACGAGAGGACAAAUAUACUGUCGUAGAUAUGAGCAAUAAAUCACGUCCUGGGGGGAAAUCGAGGAUUCUGGAAGAGAUUGAAGUGUCACGCGCGCUUUUCGAGGCCUAUGAAGGCGGUGUGUUCAUGCACCAAGGCAUGACAUUCAUAGUCAAGGAGGUCAGUCAUGAUGAACGAACCGCCAAGGUAAUUCGCUCGGAUGUGAACUGGACCACGCGGCCCAGGGAUUUCACCAACAUUGACCCCACACAUACUUACCGUAUCCGCGAAAUACGCGGGUCGCCUGUCCUUGCGUAUUUUGGACGGAUUGAGAUAGUGACCGUGGUGUUUGGAUUUUUCAAAAUCCGGCACAAUGUCAUUCUCGAUACCGUGCAGCUUGAGACCCCCCCGUUUGAACGUGAGAGCACGGGGAUGUGGGUUGAUAUACCCAAGCACUGUGUGGACUUGUUAUUUCGAAAAGGUCGAAAUCCCGCCGAAGGCAUACAUUCUGCACAGCAUGCAGUCCUCAGCCUCACUCCAUUAUACUCUAUGUCCACAAAGGGUGAUGUGAAAACCGAGUGUAAGUCCCCAGAAAAGGAGAACAGUGUGAGGGAGUCAAAACGAAAGCGACCAGCUAGACUUAUAUUCUACGAUGCCGCUGGGACUGGUAGUGGCGUAUGUGCAAAGGCUUUCGACCACAUAGGUGACCUUCUGGGCCAAGCGCUCUCAGUGAUCGAAAACUGCAGCUGCAUGGAAGACGAAGGGUGCGAUAAGUGCAUCAAGAUGACAACUUGCAAGGAAGCCAACAUCGUCGCGAGUAAGGUCGGUGCCAAAGUCACCUACAGUCUCGAGGAUGAAUUGGGGUCAGAUCUCCCUGCCGAUGAGGGAAUCCUCGAGACUGUCAAGGUGGCCACCCCUGUUCGUGCAGUUGAUGCUGUUUCGAUCGAGAGGGAUUAAUGUCAUCAAUGAUAUGCAUGUUGUAUCGUACUGGUCGUGUUCAGUUUACCAAUCCACAAAUGUCCCCGACAAUGCAC